GAGGAGCAUAACGUACACAUCGGGUGGCCCACAUUACUGACUUUUCUUUGCGCUCAUCUGUCUGGUCGACACACACAUUUCACGCUUUACUCGCUGUGAAAGGGACGCACCUAAAAAAAAGAAAACACCCGCAACCAUGGGAGUGGAAGGCUGCACGAAAUGCAUCAAAUAUAUGCUGUUCUUCUUCAACUUUAUUUUCUGGCUGGCUGGAUGUGUGAUCCUGGGUGUCUCUCUGUGGCUCCGCCAUGACACGAAAACCAGUAGCCUUUUGGUCCUAAAGUAUGAUGACGCAGAGGCACCCAACACCUUCUACAUCAGUAUCUACAUCCUGAUUGCUGUUGGUGCUGUGAUGAUGUUUGUCGGAUUCCUCGGUUGCUAUGGCGCCAUCCAGGAGUCUCAGUGCCUGCUGGGAACUUUCUUCGCCUGCCUGGUCAUCCUGUUUGCCUGUGAGGUUGCUGCUGGUAUCUGGGGUUUUAUUCACAAAGACCAUAUUUCUAAAGAUGUGAUCGCCUUCUAUGACACCGUGUAUGACCGUGGCGAAAAAGCAGAAAAGAAAGAUUCAGCAGUUGCUGUACUAAAGGUCUUCCACGAGACUCUGUAUUGCUGUGGCAAGAAUGCAAUAUGGUCAAAUAUUGCAUCCUGGUUGGUCGAACAUUGUCCUAAAAAGACAGCCGUUAUUGAAUUCAUUCCGGACUGUCACUCCAAAAUCACGGAGCUCUUCAAUGACAAGAUCUAUCUGAUUGGCAUUGCUGCCUUGGUUGUUGCAGUCAUCAUGAUCUUCGAGAUGAUUUUCAGCAUGGUGCUCUGCUGUGGAAUUCGAAACAGCCCGGUAUACUGAAAGACGAUUUGGCGAAGCAGGCUGUGGGUGUUUGGCAUUUGGAGAUACCAGCCAAUGAAAUUGAAGGAAAACUUUAUUCUCCUGAUUAAUUUUUGUAUCUACCCUAAUUUCCUAAUAUAGUCAGUUUGUCUUAAGGAGCAAAUGAUUUUAUUCUCUGGUGUGUUUUGUUAUUAUGAUACUCCAGUAGACAAUGGCAAGACUAGGACAGAAUUGUUAGAUGCUUAUACACACAUACACAGUUAAGAAAACAAAUUGGAUACAUAAAACGAAUCGGCCACUUAGAUUCUGUUUUCUGUAGAAGUGUUAACAGUGAGGAGAAUUACUAUUGCUAUUGGUUUCUUUUAUUCUUUUAUUAUGUACGUAAGACUAUUGAUUUCUUAUGUAUGUAAAAAAACACAAAUUGUAUAUUUGGCUUUGCAGCAUGAGUAUUGUAAUUGGACAGCCCUAUGAACCUUCUUUUCUGAAUGUGCUUAUACGUUUUUUCAAAAGGUCAACCACUAAGAAAUAGUAUUAGUGAAAAGAAAGAGGGUCAGACCUUAAAACAUGAAUAUUGAAGUUUCAAUCUUGUACCUUUGUGUAGCUGAAAUAUGUAAUGCCAUGUAGCCCUGGCUUCCUUUGUGCCAUACAUUGUGGGCCAGCAAAUUGCCAGAAUCAUAGCUGUUGCAAGCAUGACCAUGCUCUGAAACCCUAGCAAGUCUUUAGAAAUUAAAAGUCCUCUAAUGCUAAUGCUGUGACUAAUGUUUGCCUGCAUGUUGUUCACUGAGGAAGGUGGAAACCAGCAGAAUCGUUCGCAUAGCUUUGCUUUGACUGCUGGAAUUUUUCUGACCUCUGACCCCAGGCCACCCUCACGCUCUUGACUAACCCAAGCCAAAGCUCUUAUAUGCACCUCCCAGCCUUAUUGACCGAAUGUCCUAUCCUUCAGUAAUUGAGACUGCAUUAUCUAGUAUGUCCUGUUGAUUCCUAGUGGAAUUUCUUACUCGUAUAUUGUACUCUAUAUUCUGUAUCCAUUUGAUGGAAUGCUUUAAAAAAAAAAAAAAAAAAGGAUAAAAGAUGAUAGUAUUUUGUUUUUCUUCUAAGUAACUCCUUUUUGCCAAAACUUUGCUGGGAAUUGCUUAACAAUGUCAUAGCAUCAGUCUACUGAGUAUACUGUAAGGCUCUGGUGUGUGAGCGUGUGUUUGAUGUGUUGAUGGUAUAGCCUUUUGGAAAGAUCUAGUAUUUACAACUUAAACUCACUGCCUCUGCCACUGCCAUUGAUUGCAGUUACUGUACCUCUUAGUUCCACAAGGUGUCGCCCAAAUAACAUUCGUUUUCUACAAUCAGAAACACUUCAUUGUUUCUUGACACUUUAAUUAACUUCCUCUAAUAUCAAUCGAAGACAUACACCUACAUCGUAUUCACUACAUAAAUUUAAUGCACUCCUUCUAUCAGCUAUGUUUCUUUUAACCCAACACACACAUACAUGCCCAUGCACCACUUACAUUGUUUCCUACAUACAAGCUGUAACUGUCACUUAAUGCCUACGCUGAUAUGCUGAUCAAAUGUCUUGUAAUAUGUACAGCUAUAUAUUAUUGUACUAAUGACUAUGUAAAGGCAUUGUGAUAUCUUUUUUUUUCUGGUACUUGUCAAAUAAAGGACAGAGAUUACAGUGAUUACAGCUGGCCAGGCCUUGCAGUCCCGCAGAAGGAGUCAGACAUAUGGAUAAUAACAGUCAGUAUUUACAUGAAGAGAAAUGAUGGAAUUCGUAAUCAGCAUCCAUUCGGACGAUGUCCCAUUCAGCGGGACACACUCUCACUCCAAUCUCUGUCCUGGUUCACCCGAUUCAUAUAGUUCCUGGUUCUUUUUUGUUGCCCAGAUACUUAGGGAUUAAAUGUAUUUUACAAAUAAA